GUCAAGUUAAACACUUAAACAGCAAUAGCAGUAGCACCUUGCACUGGCUGUCGCUUCGCUUGAAAAUUCUAUGUUAAAAAUAUUUAGUGUGUAGUGUGUGUUGUUCUAGUGACGCCUUUAUUAACAAUACGUCUGAUCAAUAACAUUUUGAUUUGAGUUAGGACAGCGCAGGAAAUAACUAAUCAUGGACGAGCAUCGCACUGGGGAGGAGACCCCGAUGUCUCAGAGGCUCACAAACGAGGAUUUCAGGAAACUUCUCAUGACCCCGAGGGCUACGCCUGCAGCCGGCGCUCACCCCGCUGGCUCUGUGCGCGAGGCCAUGGCCAAUGCUGGUUCCAUGCCACCACCAACAGAAAAUAAAAGUGAGCUUCGACGCAAGAAAAAGUCUUAUUAUGCUGCCUUAAAGAAACAGGAAGACAAUAAGUUGGCUGAGUUAGCAGAAAAGUAUAGAGACAGAGCUAGGGAGAGAAGAGACGGGUCCAAUGAUAUUGGGCCUACUGACCCCACCAGCAAUACCAGCAGUGCUUACAGAGCUGUAGCACCAGAUCUUAAAUCAGGAAUGGAUGCCAAGGAAAGGAGAAGACAACUUAUUCAGGAAUCCAAAUAUCUUGGUGGUGACAUGGAACAUACUCACUUGGUGAAAGGUCUUGAUUAUGCUCUAUUGCAAAAGGUGCGUUCAGAGAUCCAAACGCGCGAGCAAGAGCAGGAGGCAGAGAUGGAGCGGCUCGUGUCGGCGCCGCCGGUGGAGGCGGUCAAAGAGAAGAAGGAAGUUGCCCCUCAGGAAGAAGAGAUUCAAUUCAAAACGCAGAUGGGGAAAAAUAUUUACAACAUGGUUAUGGAUCAGAAAAACAAGAAGGUGACCCGCAACGAGCUGUUCGCACCGGGCCGCAUGGCGUAUGUGGUCGAACUUGACGAGGAAGGAACUAUAGAUAGCGACAUCCCUACCACGCUGACGCGCAGCAAAGCCGACGUGCCCGAGCCAGACGAGCGCAGCUCGGCCGCCAGCGCCAACGACGUCGUGCUGGAGAAGCUCACGCAAAUAUUCAGCUAUCUACGCCACGGGCGACACAGGAAACUCAAGAAGACUAAGGACAAGAACGCAGAAAAGGGUCGCAACGACGACUCGAUAUACGGCGACAUUGGCGACUACGUCGCGGGCGAGCGACGUGAGCGAGAGAGACGGGACGAGCGGCCGAGGACGGGCUACUUCGACAAACCCGUCGAACAGGACAAGGAGGAAGGACCCGGUCCACUGCCCCGUCGCACCGGCGGGCCGAACCCCGAGGAGCGCGACAAGCGCUCCGCGGCCCUCCUGUCCCGACUCGCAGCGGAGCCCGAGGGCUACGCCGAGUGCUACCCGGGGCUGCGCGAGAUGGACGACGCCAUCGACGACUCCGACGACGAGGUGGACUACACCAAGAUGGACGCCGGCAACAAGAAGGGGCCCAUAGGGCGAUGGGACUUCGACACGCAAGAAGAAUACUCCGCCUACAUGAGUAGCAAAGAGGCGCUGCCGAAAGCGGCCUUCCAGUACGGCGUGAAAACACAGGACGGCCGCAAGACAAGGAAGACCAAGGAUAAGAGCGAGAAGGCAGAGCUCGACAGAGAGUGGCAACAGAUUCAAAACAUAAUCCAAAAACGCAAGGCGCCUGCAACAGGAGACGAGCCAGGAUACAAGACCCCGAAGUACUAGCAAAGGUUACUGAUUUUUCUUCUAACCGUAGUUUGGAAUUAUACAGUCAUAAGUAUUUGCUUUUUUGACCAAAAUAUUGUAGACCGUUGUGUAUGCCAAAUUAUGCUUAUCAAUUUAUGACCGUAAUGUGAUAGGUUUAAAGUUAAAAAUGCUUAAGUGCUGACCUAAGAAACAUAUGAGAAGACAUCUUGUAAUACUUAAAUGAUUAGUUGUUUUGUAUAUACAAAUGCUUGAUAACGAUAAUAGGGCCGAUUUUUAUUUGAUAAAAGGUGUAUAAAUCGAGUACACGGUUCUGUACAAUGUAAGCGCAAUUUCAAAGUAUGUCCUAAAAUAUCUUUCUCUAAGUUACGAAAACGACCCUACGGUAUUUUCGUAAAAAAAAGAUUCAGCCUAUGUAAGUACGUCCCACUGCUGAGCACAGGCCUCUCAUGCGCGAGAGGGCUUUGGGCUAUGGUCCCCACGCUAGCAGAAUGUGGAUUGGGGGCUUCACAUACACCCCUUUCCUUUUACUUGAUAAUUUCGUAACUUAACGGUAAAUUACAUAUUUUCGAGACUAGUUUUGUUUUCAUAUUUGUUCCGCCCAGAAUGGGGCCAAAUUUCAUCCACAUCAAAAAUGGGCCCAAUAACAAUACAAUGGUGUUGCUGAUUUAUGAGUAUUAAAUAAAAGUAACAUUGAAUUUUCUAAGAUUUGAGAAUUUUAGGUAAAUAUCUCCGUCGCGCUGACGGGGGCGGCUCUUAAAAUUAGUGCGAUAAAGACAACUGCAGCUUAGGUGUAAAAUCCUGCGUAAAAAUCUCAGAAAUCGAGGUUUCGUUCUCGACAUUUUCCUAUGAAACUUAACCAAUCGUAAUGAAAAUUUGGGAACGGAAUUAGAAAUAAAUUAUCUAUGUCUGAUUAUUUUGGUUUUUGCGUAUAUUGUUGGCGACUUUUUAUGCUAGGCGACUGUUUGAAGCAACCUAGUUCUUUAAAAAAAAAAAGAAUAUACAAAGAAACAAAACAUACAGACAAAGGUAAUAUUAAACUCCUUGAUUUAAAGGGCAAAAAUCCAGAGGGGAACGUUUCUGUGGAAAAAUUACAAAUAAUGUUUCCUCUUAACCGUAUUAUUUUAGUGAAUUAGUUUUAAAGUAACUUGGUGACAAUAAUAAUAGUAGCAUGAGAAAUCUCAAUAUGGUUCUUGCAAUUAGGGCCACACUAUUAUGGGUCGUCCUGGUUUAAGUUUACCUAAGUUGUUAGCACGUUAUAUGAGUAUACCUACAGUUUACUUUUACUUGGAAUUAUACGUCUUACUAUGAGUGAGAACAUAAGACGAAACGAGACGAAAGAACACUAAAUUACAAGGUUAUUUAGAAAGCCAAAAUUCUGUGGGCCUGUUGGGUGUUAGAGGUACACCUAGCUAAGAUUGUAGCGAUUUUGAGAGCACAGACUGUGAAAGUGUUAUUUAUAUCACAGUCUUUGCUAUCAAAAUAGCUGCCAACUUAGCUUGGUCUAACUCUAUAAUGAUUUAUCAUCAAAUGGAGGUAGAACAUUUAAACGAAUAUUCUGAAAAAUAUAUUUUGGGACAAAGUUUGGUUUCGAACAUAUAUAAAAAAAAAAACCUGUACGUAACCAAUAGUGAUCGGCCGGCAAAACGUCCUACUUUGUCGUUUGCCAUAAGAACGCCUUGUCAGGUUAGUCGUAUAAAGCUACAAGCAAAUCUCGUCCUUAUGGCAAGCGACAAAGUGGAACGUCUUGCCAGCCGCGAACAUAUAGGUAUAUAAUUAUAUCCAGAUUCUUUGAGAGGUAUAAGUAUUUUUUGUAUUUAAGUAUCUCGAACUGUGUAACUGUGUUUUGCCGUGUCUCAUUUCUUGUUCAUUAUCUGUACAAUAAACCAUAUAUACAUUUUAGUUCACAUAUUGUGUACGGUAUUUUUUUAAUGUAGGAAUAAGUACGAAUAUAUAUUUGUGUUUUGAAUUUUGGGAAAAUGUAAUAAUACAUUAUUUGAUUUUGCUGUAAAUAUAGUAUAAUUUUCCUAAUAAAUAACUUUAAGAUCCAA